GCUGAUCUAAAUGAGGCAGAGACAGGAAACACAGAAAUGAGAGGCGGUAAAACCAACCACUCUGUGCAAAAAAAGAAAUAAAAAUCUGCGGAAAAUACAGACAUGUAGCUCUGGGCUUGAUUUGAAAUAUAUUGCCCAUCUGCUCUGGAGCAGGACUGCCUGAGUUUCAAAUUUAAGUGACCUUGGACAAAUUACUUGGCCCCACUGGACCUCAGUUUUCUCAUCUAUCAAGGAUCUUUAUACCAUAUUCCUUAUUAAGUCAUUUUGAUAAUCAUGAAUUAGUAUGUGAAAAAGGUUUAAAUUGUAUUUUAUACAAAGUGGAUAUUUAUUAUGAUUAAAAUAGAAGUCUGCAUAGAAAUUAUAUUAUUCUAAAUAGAUUUACCUUUGUCUAUUUUUUCAGUAUUUUCCAAAUAUAUUUUGUAGAUAACUAUGAUGUUCAAACAUAUAAAAAAAGAUUCUCACUUCUCUGGUGCUAAUCAUAGGGUUCGUUUUACAAAAGUGCAGUGAUAAUUUCCUGUUUUGUGAUAUCUGGAACAUUUUAGAAGCUGGUCAUUUUACAGCUCCUUGCUCAUAUUACACAUAUGUGGCUCACCAACAGAUGAUCAAGAACAUUAUUUAAAUAUGCACUUUUUCUUUUAAAUUUCCUCAUAUGUGUCUUUGAAUUCCAUAGCCUCCAGCUCAACUCUCUGAUCCAGCGGCGCUCUUCUCCAGACAGCACUCAUCUGGGCCGUCCCUGAAUCAGCCUUGGAGCAUCAUUUCUCAUGGCAGUUUUUCAGACCACUCCAUGGAGGUUGAUUUCUGGAAUCUUAGGAGGAAUAAGUCUUUUGCUGAUGGCUAUCUUGGCUAUUUUAUUGAAUAAUUGGCAAGUUUCUCUAGCAUUCUCUCCAGGACUCAUCAUAGAACUGCAGGAAGGCUCUGACUGCUGUUCUUGUCCGGAAAAGUGGAUUGGGUAUCGGUGUAGCUGUUAUCUCAUUUUGAAUGAAGAAAAAACUUGGGCAGAAAGUAGAAAUUUCUGUGCUUCUCAGAAUUCCAGUCUGCUUCAGCUGAAAAGCAGAGAUGAAUUGGAUUUUUUGAACUACCGUCGACAGUUUUACUGGCUUGGGAUCUCUUAUAAUGAAACGCAUGGCACCUGGUUGUGGGAGGAUGGCUCUGCUCCCUCCCAAGAUCUAUUUUCAUUCUUUCAAACUUUAGACCCAAAGAAGUGCAUAGUGCAUAGUCCAAACAAAGAGAUUUUGGAUGAACCCUGUGGGGGAAAAAGGCCUUAUAUCUGUGAGCAACAGCUUAUUUAAGUGUUUCUUGGGAUGUGGUGGGGCCAGGGGGGCUGGGAGUUAUAAUGCAGGUCCAGGAUUAAUGAGAUUAGUAUCUUCAUCUCUUACAUUGGUAGAAAUUAUCUACUUCUGGGGUCUGUGAAAUGUUGACAUUUACGUCUUUUCAUACAUUUUACAUGUAUUUGAAGCCACGUGCUUUAAAAUUGUUAAAAUGUCUGUGUCUACACCGGAAAUUAUAAUGCAUCAAUGUAAAGACUUUUGAAAACAUUUUUAUUUACAUUACUGUGUGAAUUUGAUGAAUUUUUUACAUCAUUAUAAAGAUUUUUAAUACUAAAUUUUAUGUACUUUUAUUUAUAUAUUCUUGCAAAUUCUCUCUGUAAAAAUGUAAAUAAAUUUGACUUAAUAUUGAAUAAUACAUAUCAAUCUCAUUUUAGUUCUCUGUACUCACCACCCAGUGCCCUCGAGUCGAUUCCAAUUCAUAGCGACCCUAUAGGACAGAGUAACAUAUUAAAUUGGGAACUCUCAUUCUCACCUCACUUUUCUGAAAGUAAAAAUAAGUCUAAUGCUCUGUGUUAGUUUUCUCUGAACACAUACAUACAUGUAUACACAUACACACACAAACAUACAUAUAAAUGUGUGUGUACAUAUGUAUGUAUAUACACACUCACAUAUAUAUGGAAACACUGGUGGCAUAGUGGUUAAGAGCUAUGGCUUCUUAACAGAAGGUUGGUAGUUCAAAUCCACCAGAUGCAUCUUGGAAACCCUAUGGGCAGUUCUACUCUGUCCUACAGUUUUGCUAUGAGUCAGAACCGAUUCAACGGCAAAGGGUUUUAUAUACACAUAUGCAUAUAUGUAUGUGUGUGUGUGUGCGUGUGUGCGUGUAAAUUUAGAGGUGAAAGUGCUAUAUGUCAGUGUUUUCCUAUGUACCACUGAAGGGAACACAUUUCCAUUUUAUACUUAGAUGGUUAUAGAGUUUACAUGACAUUUUCCAGGGUAACAUGACCCAUAAAUCCAUAGAUUCCAGUUUUUUUCUCCCAUAAUCAAUCAUAGGCAAAGGAUUGGAUUGCACGUAAAACAAUCUGUAGGUGAGGACUCUGUCUAUGAAAAAUGAGUGUUUGCUAAGGUUUGUUAUUGACAAGUAUACAAAGACUCUUAACCAGGUCACAGCGCUUCUUUCUUUCCUAGGAGUCCCUUCCCUAGCCUAAAAGGAGAGAAGAAUUUUCAGCCCAAUGCAGGCAAUAUCCUUUUAAUCUGCAAAUGGGAAACUUUGCCAAACACUGAGAUCAAAAUAAAUUUAUCAAUUGAGACUAUUGAGAUAGGUAUUAUUAAUAUUUUCUGAAAAAUGUUGUUAUAAAUAGGCAGACAAUGAAAAGACACCAGACGUCACUGUAGAUGUAUUAGGUGGACCUCAAUUUCCUUCCCCCAGGUCUUUGUGCAGGCUUGAAUGACACUCUAGCUAUUGGAGUCACCAUUUGCCUUGAACAAGGGCACCAGAUAAGUAAGAGAUCACAGGAAAGACAGAAUAUGGUGACCUUCGGUGGACACUAGAGGAGGGGAUGAAACUUAAGAGAGAUGAUCUUGCAUCUUUGGGAAGGACACAUAACGUUUCAAAAAUAAAUUUAGAUAAGGAUUCAAACUUGGCUUGCAGUUUUGAAAGAAUUAAAGGAAGAAAUAAAAAAUGAGAACAAAUAUAUAUACAACCCACUGCUGCCAAGUAGGUUCCAACUCACAGUAAACCUAUAGGGUUUCCAAUUCGCUGUAUGAAAGUGGACUGCCACGUCUUUCUUCUGCUGGGCUGCUGGUGGUUUCUAACUGCUGACCUUUCAGUUAGCAGUCAAUGGCUUUAACCACUAUGCCACCAGGACUUCAGUGAUACACAAUGUGUAUACCUAAAUGUGUAUGAGUAUAUGUGUGUGUGGGUAUGUAAAACCAAACCCAUUGCCAUGAAGGUCAUUCUGACUCAUAGUGACAUUAUAGGAAUGGGUAGAACUGUCUCAUAGGGUCUCCAAGACUGUAAAUCUUUACAGAAGCAGACUGCCACAUCUUUCUCCUUUGGAGCACAGCUGGCAGGUUAGAACCACCAACCUUUCAGUUAGCAGGCAAACACUUAAUCACUGCACCACCAGGGCCUGAGAGAGAGAGAGAGAAAGGAGAGGUCCUGGGUGUGCAAUUCUAAAAUGAUACACGUGGGGGCACCAUAAGUCAGAAUUGACUACAUGGCAAAUGGUUUUUUACAAAUGUAUACAUAUAAAUAUGUGGUGUGUGUUUGUGUGUGUAUGUGUAUAUAUGUAACUUGAGCCUAGAGUUCUUCUACUGGAAAUGUCUUUGCUGACUUUUUUACUUCUGAGUCAAUGGCCUAAGGAAAGAAUGAAUGAUUUAAAUAUCACAAAACAUGGUUAUGAAAAAUUAGAAUAAUGCCCUCAAAAUAACUGAUCCUGAUAAUGUUAAAAGUAUAGUAAAGUCAUGGACUGAAUUAUGUCCCCCCCUAAAAAGUGUGUAUCAACUUGGUUAGGCCAUGAUUCUCAGUAUUUUGUGAUUGUCCUCCAUUUUGUGAUUGAAAUUUUAUGUUGAGAGGAUUAGGUGGGAUUGUAACACAACCCUUAUGCAGGUCACCUCACUGAUUCAAGGUAAAGGGAAUUUCCCUGGGGUGUGGACUGCACCACCUUUUAUCUCUCAGAAGAUGAAAGGGAAACAAACAGAGUGGGGGGACCUCAUUCUACCCAGAAAGCAGCACGAGAAGCAGAGCACGUCCUUUGGACAUGGGGUCCCUACACCUGAGAAGCUCCUCAACCAGAGGAAGAUUGAGGACAAGGAGCUUCCUCCAGAGCCCACAGAGAAAGAAUGCUUUCCCCUGGAGCUGAUGCCUUGAAUUUGGACUUUUAGCCUACUUCACUGUGAGGAAAUAAUUUUCUCUUUGCUAAAGCCAUUCACUUGUGGUAUUUCUGUAAUCCAGCACUAGAUGGCUAAGACAAUAGUCCCUUUGUGUGUCUAUUUUGUCACAAUUCUCACAAAUUUGUUACAUCCAAAUACAAAAGCUAUAGGCAAAAUCUUAAGCUCCCACUAAUUAAUACUUUUUUAUAUUGCCAAAAAAUGAGCAAAAUUAGGCAGCUUUCUGCUGUUUUGCUGUUGUCCAGCACAAAAACCAAGAACGGGUAGAUUUUGGGUAUAUACAUACCAUGAAAUACCAUGCAAUGAUAAAGAAUAAUAACUAGCGUCAGAAAGAUAACACAGGUGAAUCCAGAGGACGUUAUGCUGAGUGAAAUAACUCAAUCACAAAAGAGCAAAUGUUGCAUGGUACCACUUUAUAAAAAUUCAAGAAUAGGUUUACACACAGAAAGCAGUGUUCUCUGAUGGCUAUCAGCGAUGGGAGGGGAGGAAGGGAGAAUCACUAAAUAGUAGACACAUGUUACUUCUGGUAAAGGCAACAGAAAAUAUUGGAGAAGUCAGCACGAAGUGACCAAGGUAAAUGAAAACACUGAGGGAUACUUAAGAGUAAAGGACAACUAUGGUAGAUGCUAUAACAUACACAAUUCUGCAACAACAAUAAUGACAACCAACAAUUUGUGAGUGGUUAUACAGGUAGAUAUGUAUGCUACAUAGGUGUGGAGGGUGUAUGGGGGUACAUGUACGUGCAUAAAUAGGUACAGUUGUGAGCAUUUGUCUAUACAUAUCUGCAUCUGCUGCAUAUAUAUCCAUACAUAUAAUAGAGCACAUAGAAGGCACAGUUACAGGAACUUUUUAGACAUAAAUCCAAACACGUCAUGGGACGAAGUUACUGGACUUGAAGGCUAAGGGCCAUAGAGUUGGGGGACAACUAGGUCAAUUGGCAUAACCCAGUUCAUAAAGACAAUGUUCUACAUAGUUGUUUGGUGAGUAGUGUCUGGGAUCUUAAAAGCUUGUGAAUGAUCACCUAAGAUACAACUAUUGGUCUCUUCCCAUCUGGAGCAAAGGAAAGUAAAGGAAACCAAAGACUCUAGGAAGCAAUUAGUCCAUAGGUCUACUGGCCCACAUGAACCACAGCCUCCUCUAGCCUGAGACCAGAAGAACUAAUAGUGCCUGGUUACCACCAGCGAAUACUCUCACCAGGCACACAAUGCAAGAUCCUGAUUAGAAUGGGAGAAAAAUGUAGAACAAAACUCAGAUUUAUAAAAAAAAAAAAAAGACCAAAUAUACUGAACUGAUAAAGACUGGAGGAACCCCUGAGACUAUCACCUUAAGACACCCUUUUAACCUGGAACUGAAGCCACUCCCAACAUUACCUUUCAGCCAUAGUAGAUUGGCCUAUAAAAUAAACAAUAAUACCAAUGAGGAAUGUGCUCCUUAGAACAAUCAACUAUACAAGACCAAACAGGCAACAUUUGCCUAAAAGCAAAGAUGAAAAGUCAAGGAGGGUCGGGGAAAUUGGAGGACUAGAAAUGGGGAAGGCAGGGUGGCAAUGGGGAGAAUGCUGACAUGUUGCUGGGAUAGCAACCAAUGUCAUGGAAAAGAUUGUGUAUAGAUUGUGGAAUGGGAAACGAAUUUGCUGUGUAAAUAUUCACCUAAAACAAUUAAAUAUUUUUAAAAAGGGGGGUAGAUUUCAAAUUAGGCAAAGAAUCAUUUGUAAACAUCAUGUCUCUCAACUUGGAUUUGCAUAAAGGCUAGAUAAAGGAAAUUUCAUAUUCACGUUCUUCGAUAAGGAUCUAGAUUUUGGCAAUUAUGGUGGUUGAGUAAAAGCAACUUUAUAAACACAAUGUACACAAAUUAAAAGAUGGAAAAACUUUUUAUUUCAAGGAGGCUGAGAAAUCAAGCCAUAAAUCUUGUUUUUGUUGUUGUUGUUGAAGGUGAAAAGCUCAUCUUUACAAAAAGGUUCAUCUAUACGAAUAGUAAAAAACCAAACCAGUUAUUGUUGGAGACUUGGUGACGAAGUGCUUAAGAGUCACGGCUGCUAACCAUAAGGUCAGCAGUUCAAAUCCACCAGCUGUUCCUUGGAAACCCUAUGGGACAGUUCUGCUCUGUCCUAUCUGGUCACUAUGAGUCAGAAUUGACUCAACGAUAAUGGGCUUGGUGUUUGGUUUUGGUUAGUUAUCACUAAGGUGAUUCUGACUCAU